UUUGUCUAAGAAACCACCCCCCUUCUCAACGUAAAGCAAGCAAUGGAAUGAGUUGGGAGACAGAGUAGGGAGUUGUUUGCUGUUUGGUCUCCCUAUAUAAAAGGUCUCCCUCUUUGUUCUUCUUCUCCAUAUUAGCCCCCCAUAAAACCCACUUAACUUAUUCCAAUCUCACAUGGGCUCCUUUCCUUGAUUUUCAAUCUCAAGUUUUCUGAGAAUUUUCAAAUAUGGAAAGUCAAAACUUUGUUGUGAAUGGGGGGGUUAAGAUGCCCAUUGGCUUCAGAUUCCAUCCUACAGAUGAAGAGCUUGUGGUUCAUUACUUGAAGAGAAAGGCUUUGUGCCUUCCAUUACCAGCUUCUGUCAUUCCUGAGUUUGAUGUUUUUCAGACUGAUCCUUGGAGCAUGCCAGGUGAUAUGAAAGAAAGCAAGUAUUUCUUUAGCACCAGGCAUGACAGCUACAUUAACAACAAAUGCAAGAGAGCAGCUGGUUCUGGUUACUGGAAGCCCAUUGGCAAAGAGAAGCCAAUUUUAGCUUCUGGAACCAAUCGAGUAGUUGGGAUGAGAAGAGCUUUGAUUUUCUGUCAAAGGAAGUGUUCUAAUGGGACUCAGACUCGGUGGCUCUUGCAUCAAUAUCGCCUUGUUGACCCAGUGCCAACUCUUGAUUCAACUCAGAGAUCCAGGAGUGAAAUGUGUGGACCAGAUUGGUUAGUUUUCCGAGUGUUUCAAAGGAAGAGAAGCAGAAGAGGUAAAAAACAUGAAGUGGUUUCUCACAAAAGUGAGACCAGUAGUGCAAUGAACAUGCCUAGUUGUAUUGAUUUUACAGUGGAAGAAAGCUCUGUGUUUGGUCCUCCUCCUCAACCUACUUCACCAAGUUCAACUGAAAUCACUGAGGUUUCAUCCCAUGGACUAGAUCAAGAAGAAAGCAGUGCUUUCAUUACUAGUUAUUAUUCUAAUUGUUGUAUGAGGAACCAGUAAAACAAACAAGUUCCACUAAACUUUGUAUCAGAUACCUUUUAACUGUUGUGAAACAAAUGACAUAAAAUGGGCAAAAAGGACUUGAGAAA